ACAAUCGUCCGCGCGUCCGUUGGGUUCUGUUUUCAGUUGUUAUUCAAACGCUAAACGUGUUGGUCGUAUCGAAUACGUGUGCGGAAUAAAGUGCGCAAAAAUAUUUACUUUGCUGAAGAAAAUUAAUGAAAAUAAUCGAAUUAAAUAUUCGAUAAUAAAGUUGAAGUGCAAAUAAAAAAAGCAACACCUUCGUUUUGUAUCUUUCUUUCAGCUUUUUGCUCGUAACCAACAAACGUAUAAAGUAAACAAAACAUAAGUGCAAAAAAUAAGAAAUAAAACCAUAAGCUUCAAAAACCAGUUAAGAACCAACAGGUGAAAAUAACUGUGGAAUAAUAAAAAUAAAAAUAAAACUAACAGUAAUCGCCAGAAAUAGGAAGGCGCCGUUUAGAAAGGUCAAAACAAUAGGAAACGAAAAGUUUGAGGUAUUUUUGAAGUUUUGAAUAUAUUAAACUCGAACCAAGGUUGCAUAGCCAAGUGGAAGAACGGAACUACUAUCUAACAGGAGCACACACACACAUCCACCAACAAAUAAAUAAAUUACAAAAAACACACACACUCACAUAUACAUAUAUACCUGUCCUCAUCACAAUCAUGUCAGCGCGAAGUCAUCCACAAAUGGCACCACCGCCACCACCCCCCAAACCAAACAAAUCCGGCGCCAUAUAUGACAGCCAUGCAGCCAAUGGCAAUGGCACAUACGCCGCGAAUGGCAACGGCAACGGUAAUGGCAGCGCUGGUGGCAGUCGCAGCGGCAGCAUAUCCUCGUUGACAGACAAUCAGGGCAGCCUGCAGCGCCACAGUCAGAACGUCAAUGGCCGUAGUACGUGUCACACGCCACCGCGCACAGAUCGUGAACAGGUCGUAAUGACGCCUAAAGGUAAAACCGCUAAUAGCACCGUUAUACUGAUCGAACGCAAGCUCGUCGAUAAGAUAAACGAGCGCGUUCAUGUCGCUGGCGGCGAUCAUACAGGAAUUAUUAUAAAUAAGGACACCGUGAGUGGGCAGAAAAGCGAAAUGUUGCCGGCACAAUUAUCGCUGGAGUUUCGUGUAUUCUUGGUAAGCGCCAAUACCGGUAAACAUUCGCAGGAAUCGCGCACGCUGCGCUUCUGGUUCCGUCAGUGGUUGCGCAGCGACGAGAAGCAGGCACAGAUCGCGCAGGAUUUCUUCAAAGAGUUGGUCAGUCCGAAGGAUUUUCCUAGAGAUUAUGUGGGCUUCAUUAAAAAAAUCAUGAAGUUGCUGCAACGUGGUUACGAUGAGAUACAGUCGUUAGAAAUUGAAUUGCGCAUUUUGGAAGAAACUGCAGAGCCGCCAUCCCGACCGCCGCGCGACGGUUACAUUAUUUACUGUUAUGGUGAUUGCAAUCGCAAAUUCGAGGAGGCACUAAAGGCGCAGCGCAAAACAGUCUCACUGGAAGAAUCACAGUUUGAGUCUCCACCAUUGACGCCGGAAAAGGUGCUCGAACUAAUUGAACAAGCCUAUCCGAAUCCCAUUACACCGGAAGAUUUAGCUAAAGACUAUGGCUGGGAGGAACAAGAUGUGCUCUUGGUAUUCAUAUCGCUGAAGGAACGCGGUCUUAUCAAAUCUAUGGAAUAUAAUUCAUACACGAGAAUACAUCAUGAAGACAAGGAGAUUAAGGUCGUUAAACAAAUGCCAACCAUUGCUUCGAAUAAACAACCCACAAUCGCCAUUAUAACGGCACAAUAUUGUGAGAAACUUGCGGUGGACGCCAUGUUGGAGAAUAAGGAAACGUUUGUACGCUAUACAACCGUCGAUACCGAUCCCAAUUUAACAAACACACUCAGAAAAUCUAAAAAGAAAAGAAGAUUUGGCGAAUCGAACGUCUACACCUUGGGCAACAUUGGCGCGCAUCGCAUCGUCAGCACGAAAUUACCCUCGGUGGGUAGUACACGCGAAGCAAUGACCGCCACAGGCAAUACAACGACACGUCUGUUGGGCACAUUCCAAAAGGUCGACUACGUCUUCGUAGUGGGCGUGGCCGGUGGUGUGCCACAUUAUACCGAUUACAAGAAGCAUGUGCGUUUGGGAGAUGUCGUCAUUUCAUACGUGGACAAACAGCGUGCGCUGUUAAGCAAAAAUGAGAAACCCUACGUGUAUAUCUAUCAGAGCGGCGAAGAUGUCAAGACCUAUUUCCCCAUCAAUGACUCACUCCAGCAAAUCGCCGAAGGCCUACAAGCCAACAUGGAGGUCAAGCGUCCAUGGGAUACCUAUCUGCGUGAAGGCUUAGCAUCGCUGAUGCAAAAGACGGAGAGUGACUUCAGUCGCCCGUCCGCCAAUACCGAUAAACUCUUCAUGAAUAUCGGCAAUAAUGAGGUGAUCGAGGUGGCACAUCCCAUUGCCACGGACACCGUGGACGGCGUGCCACGUUCCCGCCUGCAUCUCGGACCCAUUGGCUCCGGUCGCGAUCUGGUGCGCAGCGACAACUCGCGCAUGGAGUUCGCUAAGAAGUAUGGCUUGCUGGCCACCGAUGUGGAAAUGAGCUCCGUGCUGGACAGCAUUAUCGGCAACUGCAGGGAGAGUUUCAUACUGGUGAAAGGUAUCUCCGACUACAAGGACGGCAUGUCGACGCGGAAAUGGCAGAAUUUCUCCUCUUUGGCGGCCGCGUCUGUGGUCAAAUCGAUUAUUUGUGGCAUGGAUGCGCCAACAAACGUUUAAUUAGCAAGCAAAGUGAAAUUAUUCUAAUCUAUUAUAUAAAAUUUAUUAAUAUAGCGCAAAGUAAAUUAUUUGAUAGAGCUACGUAUACAGUUGUCUAACGGUUAAUUGUAUAAAAUAUUAAGCAAAUGAACGUGAACGCAUUUAGAUUUGUUUAUACUGACUUAUACUUGAUAAAAUCACACAUUUAUAGUAUACAACAAUUUAACAGCAUUAAUACAUACAAAUAUACAAAGUUGCAUAAUUAUUAAUUAUUCUUAAUAAUAUUUACUAAAUUCUCGGAGGUAAAGAAAAAUAAUUUUUGCUGCACUUUUUUAUUUACUUUAUCUUUCUUUAAGUGAAAGUAGAUUUUCAUAUAUUUUUGCUGCAAUCGUCAAGCAUACGUGUAACGGUAAUCAAAGUGUUUUAGUUGAGAAAGUGAGAAGAGAAAAAUGUGUCCGUGUUUUUUGUAAUAAUUUUUGUUAUAUUUUAUUAAAUUGUUAAUUUUUGUAUUGCAAUAAAUGAUUACACAUAGACUAUAAAGUA